GUUUCUGGCGCCGCCCGUGUCAGGCAGGCGACGGAACUUCCCGGCGCGACCUUAACUCUCCACCCCGCCCUGCUCCUGGAGUCUGGGAAUAAAGUUCAGGGGCGGCCGCCAGGCGCGGGCUGUGAACUCGCCGUGCGAGCGCAGGGCGGGUCCCGCCUGUCCCCCGCGCGCCUGGCCAUGGCCACUGACGAACUGGCCCAGAAGCUGCAGCGCCGGCUGCUGCUAGAAGAGAGCGGCCCGGAGCCCGCGCCCGGCGGAGAGGAGGCAGCGGCGGGUUGGGCGUCUGGCCCGGCCGGGCAGGAGGAGGAGGAGGGCAGGAGCUCCAUGCUCGCCAGCGCCGACUCGGAGCUGGGCGCCAAGCUGAGCCGCAGGCAGGAUAUCAACGAGGGCAUGGCCCAGCCCCGCCAGGCUAAGGUCUUCAAUCCCUACACCGAAUUCAAAGAGUUCAGCCGGCGGCAGAUCAAGGACAUGGAGCAGAUGUUCCGACUGUAUGACUCUGGAAAGGAUGGGUAUAUAGACCUAAUGGAGCUGAAACUGAUGAUGGAGAAGCUGGGAGCUCCUCAGACCCAUCUGGGCCUGAAAAACAUGAUCAAGGAAGUGGAUGAGGAUUUUGAUGGCAAGCUCAGCUUCCGUGAGUUCCUGCUGAUUUUCCAUAAAGCUGCAGCCGGAGAGCUUGAGGAAGACAGUGGGCUGAUGACUCUGGCAAAACUCUCUGAAAUAGAUGUUUCCACUGAGGGAGUUAAAGGAGCCAAGAACUUCUUUGAAGCUAAGGUUCAAGCCCUUUCUUCAGCCAGUAAGUUUGAAGCAGAGAUCAAGGCAGAGCAGGAUGAGCGAAAGCGCGAAGAGGAAGAGAAGAAACACCGUCGGGCAGCAUUCAGGGAGCUAAAGUCUGCAUUUAGCCAGUAACCAUCCAUUCUACCACCAGAGACUUCUCUUAACUUGGUACAUUUCCACGAAUCACAACUGUGCCUGGAGAGUAUCUUCUGCUAGAAUUUCACCAUCCUUUCAGACUGAAGUUUCUAACUCAACUCCAAAGGGUACAGCUCUCACAACUACCAUGUGUUCAUAUGGUAUGAACAAUAAGAACUGUGUACAUACUCAUCACUCUGAACUGUCGGGUAGUGCUUAGGGAAAUUAAAGUUCAUCCUAAUGCUGAAGAACCAGGUAGCAAAUCAGCUUUCCUUAACCCAGAAGGAAUGACAGUGUUUCUUGGCUAUAUUUUUUCCUUGGUUUCUGUUUUUCAUAACCCUCUGAAAUACCAUAUUGAUAACCCUUUCAGUAAAAGAAGCCGGACUUCCUCAAAGAAGGCCUUACCCACGACUUUGGCAGGAGAAAAAUUAACACCACUUUAGACAAGGAAUAGAAAACUGAUGGGGUUUUUGGCCUGUCACAUUCCAUUUUAUCAAUCUAUUCCAUAGCCUCACUAGACUUUUUUAGGCCCUUGGAUUUAGGAGAAGCAAGUAGGUGUAUCUAAUGUCUAAGAAAUAUUGGGAGCUGGGCAGUACAAUUGGAUGGUGCACUAGCCUUUCACCUCUGGAAAUCUGUUCACAUGCUGAGGUUGUAAGUGCAAAAGUGACUUUCAUGAAGUCCUUAGUCAUUACUCUAUGAAACCAAUAUGGUACAAUGAGCAGUUUCUGCUCAGAAAGGGAAUAACAGAUGGGUUACAAAUCAAGACUGAGGUGCAUUUGGCAGAGUUGAAUUUAGUAAGCUUGCAUGAUACCUUACCUUAGCCAAUGGUAUCCAUUUCUUAUGAGCACAAGAGACUUGCCCACAAGUUUUAAAAACUUCCAGGUGCAUGUCUCUAUAUGCUGAAGGCCACCAAAAAGGGGAACAGUCCCUCCUUGCAAAGCCUCUCUGGAUGCAUUAAUGUUCUGCCUCUCUAUUGUUGUCCAAUUUCCUUCCAAGAUAAGACUCACACAGUGGUCUAUUUGAUUGAUCAUCUUUAUCUUCACCUGUCUGUUUUGCUUCUUAAACUGUGAGCACUAAGCUGUGAGUGUGGAAUAAUAAAUAGAAAAACCUCUAAUCUUUAAUGUCAGGUGGGAGAAUUGCUAAACAAUUAAACUGUGUAUAUAUCGCCACAGAUUAUAUUUUAUAAAUCACGCUUUUUAGCUAAAUAUUUAUAAUUAAAUGUUUUUAUUCUUUGAACAAAGCAGAUAACUGCAUCUUCAAUUAUUUCUCCUGUUGCUAAAAUGUACAAAUAAAACUUUCUUUAAUACCUCA